AUGCUGCCGCUGGCGACGCUCGCCGCCGCGUCCACGCCUCACUCCCAGGCCGCCGCGUCCACGCCUCGCCAAGCCGCUGGCCACGUGCGCCGCCCGCGCUCGCCAGUCCCACCGCUGCCCCGCGCCCACUUCUUUGCCGUGUGCCGGAUCGCGGGGCACACGACACACAGCACCCCGUCACGUACCUCCCGCUCGCGCCCACGCCACACUACCACCCCCGCUUGCGCCCACGCCAACGCCGCCAGCCAAGCUCGCGCCCGCGCUCCCCCGUGCCCAUGCUCGCUCCCCGAUGCCACGCUCGCCGCGUCCACACGCCCGCGGGCUCAAUACCCCGCCUCCCACGCUCGGCCCGCGCACAAACGGCCUCGCCCGCCGACACCGACGCCGACGCCCACGCUCGACACGCCGUUGCCGACGCCCGCGCCUGCGCUCGACACUCUGUCGCCCGCGCUCGCCACGCCGAGGACCUCCCUCGCCACCGCUCACCGCACCAAGGGCCACGCCACCUCGAGCUCGCCGGCGCACAGGCGGGGUUGCGACGCCACCUCCGUCACCCUGCACGUCGCCAUGGCCGCCGGCUAA